AUGUCUGUUCAUGGUUCUGAAGCAAAUCGUGUGGUUGAAAAUGAAUUUGGUAGCGUUUCGUUGGAAGAAACACGUAUUCGAAGUAAUAGAUCGAUAGUUAAGAGGACAAUAGCUACAACUUUACGCAAAUUGGAGGGAAUUGUGUCGAAAUUUGGUGGCAAAACAAUAAUAAAAGGGUAUGUGAAUAAUCUAUCUGAAUGUUUAAAAGAAGCUGAGGCACAUAAUACUUAACUUCGCGCUCUAGAACAUGAAAGUGAGCAUGAAGCCGUUUUAAUUUGGUAUGAAGAACAAUUAGAAAGAGUCAAUGAUGCCAAACUAGUGGCUGUAAGUCAUCUUUAGGGGGCGCUUACAUGAAGUAUCCUCAGUCGCUGGAACCUUUCCUGGCAUGCAAGAAAAUUCGCAAAUACCGAACUUAAUCAGUUCAAAAUCUGUAAUAACAUGUAGUUCAAAAUCAAGUGGAAAAGGAGCUGAAGUUCGUGCGAAAGCCUUUGCCGCAGAGUUAAAAGCUAAACAAUUAAUGGAAGAAGAAGAGAAAACAAAACAAGAGUUGGAAAAACAAUUAGAACUUGAGAAAAAUAUAGCUAUGGCUAAAGAAAUAGCUGAAAGAGCAAAACUCGAGGCUGAUCGAAGAAAGACGAAAGGUCCAGCAAGUAAAGGAAGAAUGAAUGCGUCAAAGGGCGGAAGCAGAGUUCCUGGAAAAUGA